AGUGACAGACUGCAAGGCUUACUGCGCGCCCAGCGGUUUGUUUUUCGGAGCGUUCCUGAGGUGGAGAACAGUGGCCGGUCGGAGCGACUUCUGGACUUCAGGACUGGCAGGCGGGACGGCCGAGUGGCGCCGCCGAGGCCGGGUUGGGCCGAGCCUGGGAGCUCCGGGGAUGUAGCGGGCCACACUGCUCAUGCCACAGCGCCCGGCCGCGGCCGGAGCCGGAGCCUGGGGAGGCGGCGGGGGCCCCGAGCGCAGCCCACGGCCCCCGCGCGGCGCCAGGCCCGCUGCCGUCCCCGCCGCCUGCUCCCCCGGCAUGCAGCCCCGGCUGCGGAGGUGACACUUCUGGGCUGUAGCCGCCGCCGCCGCCGCCGCCAUCGCCACCAUGGACGAACAAGAGGCAUUAGACUCGAUCAUGAAGGACCUGGUGGCCCUCCAGAUGAGCCGACGUCCCCGGGUGUCUGGAUAUGAGACCAUGAAGAACAAGGACACAGGUCACCCAAACAGGCAGAGUGACGUCAGAAUCAAGUUUGAACACAAUGGGGAGAGACGAAUUAUAGCAUUCAGCCGGCCUGUGAGAUAUGAAGAUGUGGAGCACAAGGUGACAACAGUCUUUGGGCAGCCACUUGAUUUGCAUUAUAUGAAUAAUGAGCUAUCCAUCCUGUUGAAAAACCAAGAUGAUCUUGAUAAAGCAAUUGACAUUUUGGAUAGAAGCUCAAGUAUGAAAAGCCUUAGGAUACUACUGUUAUCCCAAGACAGAAACCAUACUAGUUCUUCUCCCCACUCUGGAGUGUCCAGGCAGGUCCGGAUCAAGCCUUCCCAAUCUGCAGGGGAUAUAAAUACCAUCUACCAAGCUCCUGAGCCUAGAAGCAGGCACCUAUCUGUCAGUUCCCAGAACCCUGGCCGAAGCUCUCCUCCCCCUGGUUAUGUACCUGAGCGACAACAGCACAUUGCCCGGCAGGGAUCAUAUACGAGCAUCAACAGUGAAGGCGAAUUCAUCCCAGAGACCAGCGAGCAGUGUAUGCUAGAUCCCCUGAGCAGUGCCGAAAAUUCCUUGUCAGGAAGCUGCCAAUCCUUGGACAGGUCAGCAGACAGCCCAUCCUUCAGGAAAUCACAAAUGUCCCGAGCCCGGAGCUUCCCAGACAACAGAAAGGAAUGCUCAGAUCGGGAGACCCAGCUCUAUGAUAAAGGAGUAAAAGGUGGAACCUAUCCCAGGCGCUACCACGUGUCUGUGCAUCACAAAGACUACAGUGAUGGCAGAAGAACAUUUCCCAGAAUACGACGGCAUCAAGGCAACCUAUUCACUCUGGUGCCCUCAAGUCGCUCCUUGAGCACAAAUGGCGACAACAUGGGCGUAGCUCUGCAAUACCUGGACCCCCGUGGGCGCCUACGGAGUGCAGACAGCGAGAAUGCCCUUACUGUGCAGGAAAGGAAUGUGCCAACCAAAUCUCCCAGUGCUCCCAUCAAUUGGCGUCGGGGGAAACUCCUGGGUCAAGGUGCCUUCGGCAGGGUCUACUUGUGCUAUGAUGUGGACACAGGACGUGAACUUGCUUCUAAGCAGGUCCAGUUUGACCCAGAUAGUCCUGAGACAAGCAAGGAGGUGAGUGCUCUGGAGUGUGAGAUCCAGUUGCUGAAGAACUUGCAGCAUGAGCGCAUUGUGCAGUACUACGGCUGUCUGCGGGACCGUGCUGAGAAGAUCCUCACCAUCUUUAUGGAGUAUAUGCCAGGGGGCUCUGUAAAAGACCAGUUGAAGGCCUAUGGAGCUCUGACAGAGAGUGUGACCCGCAAGUACACCCGGCAGAUUCUGGAGGGCAUGUCAUAUCUGCACAGCAACAUGAUUGUGCAUCGGGACAUCAAGGGAGCCAAUAUCCUCCGAGAUUCAGCUGGGAAUGUGAAGCUGGGGGAUUUUGGGGCCAGCAAACGCCUACAGACCAUCUGCAUGUCAGGGACAGGCAUGCGCUCUGUCACUGGCACCCCCUACUGGAUGAGUCCUGAAGUCAUCAGUGGCGAAGGCUAUGGAAGAAAAGCAGAUGUGUGGAGCCUGGGCUGUACUGUGGUGGAGAUGCUUACAGAGAAACCACCUUGGGCAGAGUAUGAAGCUAUGGCUGCCAUUUUCAAGAUUGCCACCCAGCCUACCAAUCCUCAGCUGCCCUCUCACAUCUCAGAACAUGGCCGGGACUUCCUGAGGCGCAUAUUUGUGGAAGCUCGUCAGAGACCCUCAGCUGAGGAGCUGCUCACACACCACUUUGCACAGCUAGUGUACUGAGCUCUCAGGGCUCUGCUGCUGCCAGCUGCCACCUGCUGAGCAGGCCAGGAGCUGCUGUCAGGCUCAGUGAAGUUGCUGCUUCUUCCAGGCAAGGCUAUGGACCAGUGGAACGUCGGUCCAGCCAUUUUUUGUCUGUGCCCCAUCUGCCGCUGGGACUCAAAGCCAGGAUGGGAUAGCUCUGACAUCAAGACUGGGAGCUCCAGCCUGUAAGACCCAGAGCUUUAGCAUCCUAAGCUCAGUAUGGUGGGAAGGGCUGGGAACAGUAUGCAAGACUGCCAUGGGUCCUGCGUGCCCUCAGAUGUGUCCUAACACUGCAGACAGCACUGAAGUCAAGAGGGACUGGGGCACAGGACUUACUCAAGGUUAUGAAUAGUGUUACUUCAUUCAGAGUGUUAUUUUGUUUCUCUCCCAACGUUUGGAGACCACCAGCUAUCUGGGCUGCAUGAGCCCACGCAAGCCUGAGGUAAAGCCCAGCCCCCCCAGCCUACAGAAGGUAGCGGUUUGGGCUGCCCCACUAAGAGCUUCCAGGUAUGCGGGCGCUGUCAGUCCUGUCUUACCAAAGAUGAGUGAAGCAAAUGUUAUGCUGCCUUAUUCUGGGAAGGAGGAGCUACCCGGAUAAGCAGGGCCUGAGAAAUGGAGCUGCCUCCAGAACCUGGGGAGACCCAGUCUUGUCAAUGCAAUUUUCUCUGUUUUACAAGUUGGAGUCACUCUUAAUGCUGUUCCCAGUUUUUAAACUGGAGACUUUGCCCUCUGAGCUCUGGAGACCCAUGUGGGCUUAGGCCUUGGACUGGAUGGGAGAGCUGAUGGCCUCCACCCGGCCUGCACUCUGUUCCCUCACUGGAGCAGAGAAAUAGACAAGUCAGAGCACCUGGCCCUGAGCAGCUCAGCAAAGUGCAGGGGGUUGUCUCAGGCUGUCUGCAUCUCAAACCCGUCAGGCCUGAGCCCACUCCAUGGGACAGAAAGUCCUUGUGCUGCCACAACCGUGUCCGAAACCACCAGCUGUAUUUCUUAGCCUGACUUGUCCACUUGUCCUCAGCCUCAUUCCCUUCUUGUUCCUCCCACAGGGAGGAUGCCAGCAGGGGUUAGGGAAAGAGUUAUCUCCAACAGCUUAGAGUUGGCCAUAUUUACCUCAGCCGGGUGCUGGGCCUUUCUUCCAGCCCCUUUCUUCCCCUCCAAAUGUGCCUAUUGCUAGAGCUCCUCCCUCCCAACUCCCCAAUUUCUUGGGAGUUAUCAUUAAAGGAAAGAAGAAGAAAAAAAAAAGCCAGUGCCCAGGAAUGGGCAUCUCCAGGGAGCUGGGGAUUAGUGCCAGGCAGCUCUUUGCCAGCCAUGCCCACUUCCCCAUGGGCACAGAACAAGCCAAAGCCUUCGUUGUAUGUUGACGAUGCACUUUUAUGAAUGUAGUUUCUAUCGCUGUUUUUAGCCUUUUCACAUCAUGUAAUGUGAGGCCUUGUACUUGUUAAUUUAUAUCUCAGAUCCAUAUUUGAUGGUUUUAUAUAUAUCAAUUCUAGACUGUUACCGGAGAUGGACUCCUGAAGAGAGAACAGAAAUUGAAAGCAGCUGGUUUUGCAGAGAUGUGUGUUGCACGGUGCCAACUGGGCCCCUCUGUUUUGCUUCCUUUCCUUUGGGGGGUCUGUCAGGCCACUCCCUAACUGCUCUGAAGCCAGUGAGCAAAGUCCUGCUUCCACCUCAGCCUUUGCCCAAAGUAGGGACUGGUCCUUCUUCUAGACCAAAGCUGCCAAAGGCAGCUCGGCCUUUCUGUGACCCCAUCCUGAUGGCUGUAUAGCACCCCUUAGCCUAUCUAUAUCCACACCCCAAACCCAGAGGAGAUCAAGCUUGGUGGGCUGACAAGAUGUUAGAGGAGACAACUCUGCUGUCACAGGUUCAGGCUCUCACAGAGCCCCCCAUCUCCCCUGGGGGAGCUUAUUACCUCAUAGGGAAUGUUUCUAAAAUGAACUUAAAAGUAACCCAGCAAAUCCUGCACUCCAAAGGAAAAAAAGACCCCCCCCCUUUUUUGUGCCAAAAACUGUGGACAUGCUGGUUCAGCAUCCUCAGGACCAAGCUAUUAAUUUAUUUUUUCUUAUUAACAAAUCCAAAUGAGAAGUUGUGGGCCUCCAGGAUGGCCUGGGCCCAAAGGUUAUGAAGGACGGUUUCCUAGCAGCCCUUUGGUCUGCUAUGCAAAGACGCUAUGCCACCAUUUGUUCUUCAUUCCAUGGGGUUUAUCUGCCUUCACCAACCACGUGUGGAAGGGCCAGGCCUGGGUCAGGUGCAUGCUGCCACCCUCCUGCCCCUCCCAAGCACCCAGCUCUGUGUCUGUGUCUGAAUUGUGGAUUGUGCAGAAGAACCUGCAGCCAUAGUUAUUGACUAUAUCUUGACUGAGGGCUUGCAGUGCAAAGCCAGGCCAGUGCAUUACUUACAAUAAAAGGGAUCAUUUAUAUCAGAA